AUGGAUCCCUAUCAACAAAACCCAUCAUAUGACCCUUCCCAUCCACCUCAAGCACCAUUGGCACCACCACAGCAACAAACAGGAGGCCAAAGUCCAAAGAGAUCCGCCUUCUGGGAUAAAGCGAAGCAUGGCAGCAAAGCAACCUUCGAUAAAGCGUGGGCUGGCUUCGAAAAGCUCGGCGCUCCCGUGAACCGCUUCACGAAUAAGAUCGGAUCGGAAGCUUUCUGGCCCACGACAUUAGGACCAGAGUCUGAUAAAGCUGCUCGCAUCUUGAAGUCGUUUUGCAAAGAUGGGUUUUACAAGGAGGAACAGGGUGCGACGGCUGGACCGAAAGGAAAGCCGAAGGUCUUGGUUAAGAUUCCACAGAAGGUGAUUCAGAAUUGUGUUGGGUUGGCCAUCUUCACGGUGAUGAGGACUGGGCUUUGGGUUUCCGGUGCGGGAGGCUCGGGUGUUUUGAUUGCGAGGAAGGAAGAUGGAUCUUGGUCUCCUCCUUCCGGGAUCUUGAUUCACACUCUGGGUGUUGGAUUCAUGGCUGGUAUCGAUAUCUACGACUGUGUGGUCGUGAUCAACAACCGCAAAGCGUUGGAAGCAUUUUCCAAGCUGAGAGUCAGUCUUGGAGGCGAGCUGAGCGUUGUCGCUGGACCCGUCGGAGUUGGCGGAAUCCUCGAGUCAGAGGUCAUUAAGGAUAAGAAGCCAAUUUGGAGUUAUGUCAAGUCUCGAGGCUUGUACGGAGGUCUUCAAGUCGAUGGAACCAUCAUCGUGGAACGAAACGACGAGAACGCUAGGUUUUAUGGCGAGAGAUUACCAGUUGGACAGAUCCUGGCCGGCAACGUAAGACAUGUACCGCAAGAAGUGAGAAUGUUGAUGGAAGUCGUCAAAGCAGCGGAAGGCCGAACAGAUGUCGACAGCGGAAUGAUGGCUCAAGCAGACAUGAGCGAGCCUACUCAAGAGCAGAAAGCACAUUUCGCUGCUCCGCCGGGCUAUGAGAAUCCUCCGCCACAGCCACCGAGACCAGAAAAACAGGGUGCUUAUGCUUCAGCUCCCGCUCAGUAUGGAGAGGGAAGUGGCGCGUAUCAACAUCCCGCUAGAACGGAUUCUGGGUUCGCAGCUCCUCCACCGGGUCCACCGCCUCAUAGGACAGAGUCGGGAUUUGCUCCUCCACCAUCAGGUCCUCCUCCAAGUCAGGAGAAGCAGGAUCCUGAUGGUCCUCCCAGCCCCAUACAUUCAAAUAAUGACAAAUCCUCCCAAUCCCCGCUACACCGUCCACCCCAUCAACCCCUCAACCGACUACCCCACUCUAACAACCCUCUCCCUUCUAGCCUUCCGCUCCAACCCGCUACACUACCUAACCUUCCGCCCGCACUCCAAUAUCCCGCCAGAAAUCAUCUCUUCCUACCACCGUAA